UUGCAAUUCAUUUUGGCCCUCUCUUUGUAACUCAUCAGAGUUGAUGAGUAACGCAUCCCUCUGCUCUACACUUCAAGGCCAGCAAUUGCAGAGGUGCCCUAACUCUAGAUGCUACUUUGGCAGCCUCAUGAAGUUGAUAUUUUCUCAAAUAGCAGAAUGGGCUGUCAUCCCCUCCUCUGCCAAUCAUCAGAUGCAGAGUGCUCAUUUUAAGAUGGGCUGUUGCAUGCGAAGGAAGGUUUUUUUUGGGAGAGCACAUAGGAGAUAUUUUUCCCGAAAGAAUUGUAGCUUUAUGAGCAUUCUGUCUCUCAAAGCUAGUAGUUUGUUUAUUACUUCAAAUGCUACAAGUUCACCGACUAGAAGGAAAUUGGGUAUUCACCCAACAAAAAAUAUAACAGUGAGAUGUCAUUGUUUGGGAACAUUAGAGAAUCCUGAGCUAGUUUUGGAAUGGGUGCCUGUUGUGGAUCAAGUGCUUUUGAUGGCCACUGCAGCCUUGGCAUUUGUGGCAGGAAUAAUACCUUCACGUAAAGCACAUUCUUCUGGCAAAAGGGUUAUUUCAUACCAAGAUGGACUUGAUUCAGAUGCUGCCUCUUCCGGUAGUGCUUUAAAGAGAGGAAAUCAGAUAAAUGUGGGAUAUGCCUGGGAUGAGGUUCAAAGGAAACUUGUUGAUGCUAUGGAUGCAGUUGAACAUGAUGGUAAUUUGGAUAACAGAGUUGUAGGAUGUGAAAAUAACAGCACAAGGCGUCCUUUAAGUUUGCAUGCUAUUGCUUUGGGUCCCAGGUUACAAUUGCUCUGGGCUACAUUGCAGCAUCUCCGGAAAGAGGUUCAAAAUAUCCCAGCGAGUAAUGAAUUUGUGAAUAGGGAUGAUUGGCUUAUGCUCUUAUCAAGAAUUGUAAGGGUCUGUAUACAGCCAAUAUGCAUCGAAUGGCUGCAAACAGGGCUUUCUCUGGAAAGAGAGAGUGAAAACAAGGGUACUGUUACUCAAAUGUUUAAAAAGCUGGGUGGAGAUGAUGCUGUCUUAAGGAAUAUUAGAAAAUGUGGGAAGGAGGACUUGUAUGCUGAUUUAAUAUUUUUUCUGAGAUUUGGAUCUGGCAGGAAUGGGGGCUAUUGUGGCGGCAAAGUUCUAUCUGAGCAUGUGAUUGACAUCUUGGAGGACCUCUUGAUUACUCUGGCAGAUGGAAUCACAUGCAUAUAUCUAGAGCUUAUCUCUGUUGACAGUGCUUUGUCUAGUGAAUUGAACCGCUUAGGGUUGGUUUUGUGUUCUUUAUCAACAAGAGCAAUUCAAAGAUUACGAAAUGAGGUGGCAUUGAGCAAUUGGCUGCAUCAGAAUGUGGAUUCUGUUGUAUCAAUGUAUGAAGAUCGCUUUGACUUGUGCUCACUGCAAACCCAGAUUAUCAAGAAGCCGAUUGAGAGCUCGUCAGAGAAAGUCAGUUGGUGGAGAAAGCUUACGUUGGGCAAGCCCAUGGAAACAACUUCCUCUUUGCAAUGUAUUGUGAUCAGGGAAGUGUCUUUGCCCAUGAAGCGGACAACCGAGUUGAGAUCGUUGACAGGGUGGAGGUACUAUUUCAGCCUAUUUCUGGAGUUCUAUGACAUUGCAAUGCCAUUGCUUAGAGCACUAGCAGCUAAAGUGAGCAGUGCUGUGUCUUUCUUUCUGGUUUGCUUGAUUGGGAGGUCUCUGGGACUCAUUUACACCGGUAUAAGGCAGGCUCUAGGAUGGAAAUAAAAAAUUAGACAAGGCCUUUUAAGUCUUAACUAAUUGUUUAUGAUUUGAUUCUCCCAUUCUUUGGGGGCAAUGGCUUUCUAAUUCUCUGUAUGCUGUGCAAGGUCCAAAUAUUGGCCUGAAAAAUUGGCGGAAGUCUUGCAAUAAAAAAAACUAGCAGAUAGGAACUUGUGAUUUAGAUAAAGGAGACACGGUUUUA